UUUUAGUUUUGGUGUUGAAAAAAAUUAUUCUCCAACUAACCACAUGAACUAAUACUAAAAUUAAAAAAAACGGAAUUAUGGACGAGCAGUAUCCUUCAGUAGUGUGUAUAUUAUAAAUAUGGAGGUGCAUGUGAGAAGGUGGUUAUAGUUAAGCAAAGAUGGAAAUUGGGAUAAUUGUUCUUCUCGUUGUGGUGGUCGCCGCCAUCAUAUGGUGGGCAUGGAGGGUAUUGAAUUGGGUGUGGUUGAGGCCAAGGAAGCUAGAGAAGUGUCUGAGACAGCAAGGUCUCACUGGCAACUCCUACAGGGUAUUGCUUGGAGACCUGAAAGAGAGGUCACAGAUGAUCAAACAAGCAAAUUCCAAGCCCAUCAAUCUCUCCCAUGAUAUCGUCCACCGUGUCAUGCCCUACAUCCAUAAAUGCAUCCACAACUAUGGUAAGAAUUCCUUUAUAUGGCUUGGACCAAAACCAUUGGUGCUCAUCAGGGAUCCUGAACUCUGGAGGGAAAUAUUAUCUAAGAAUUAUCACUUUCAGAAGCCCCAAGCAAAUCCACUGACCAACUUGCUAGCGGCUGGACUGGCGACCUUUGAGACUGAGAAAUGGUCCAAACACAGAAAAAUUAUCAAUCCUGCUUUCCAUCUAGAGAAGCUCAAGCAUAUGCUUCCGGCCUUUGAUUUAAGUUGUAGCGAGAUGCUGAGCAAAUGGGAAAAGAUGGUUUCAGAGAAGGAGUCAUGUGAGUUGGAUGUGUGGCCUUAUCUACAAACGUUAUCUAGCGAUGUCAUUUCACGUACUGCAUUUGGUAGUAGCUAUGAAGAAGGCACAAGGAUAUUUGAACUUCAAAGGGAACAAGCUGAACUUGUACUUCAGGUUUCACAGUCAAUUUAUAUCCCAGGAUGGAGGUUUUUGCCAACUAAGAGGAACAAAAGGAUGAAGGAAAUCAACAAAGAAGUGCAUGCUUCAUUAAGGGUUAUUAUUGAAAAAAGAUUGAAGGCAAUGAAGGCUGGAGAAGCCAGUAAUGUUGACUUAUUGAGUAUAUUACUGGAAUCAAAUUUCAAAGAAACUCAACGACAUGGAGACAAGAAGAAUGUUGGAAUGAGUACUGAAGAGGUCGUUGAAGAGUGCAAGCUUUUCUACUUUGCUGGGCAAGAGACCACCUCUGCUUUGCUUGUUUGGACAAUGGUUUUAUUGAGUAGGCAUUCAAAUUGGCAAAAGCGUGCUAGAGAAGAGGUUUUGCAAGUCUUUGGGAAUAACAAGCCAGAUCUUGAUGGGUUGAAUCACCUGAAAAUUGUAACUAUGAUUUUGUAUGAGGUUCUAAGGUUAUACCCACCUGCAGCUGCAAUGACUCGAACUAUUCAUGAGGACACAAAGUUAGGAGAAAUAUCGUUUCCAGCUGGAGUGCACCUUUCAUUACCCAUAAUUCAAAUUCAUCAUGACCAUGAAUUAUGGGGUGAUGAUGCAGAGGAGUUCAAACCAGAGAGAUUUGCUGAAGGAGUGUCAAAGGUGACAAAGGGCCAAGUCUCGUUUUUUCCAUUCGGCUGGGGACCCCGGAUAUGCAUUGGACAAAACUUUGCCAUGUUGGAAGCGAAAAUGGCAUUGGCUAUGAUUCUACAACGUUUCUCCUUCGAGCUUUCACCAUCUUAUGCGCAUGCUCCUUACAUUGUCAUAAUACUUCAACCUCAGUACGGUGCUCACUUGAUUUUACACAAAGUCUAGUAUUGAAAGCCAUCGCUCAUAAAUAGCAAGGACGUACAUUUCUAGCUGUGGAUUUUCAUGUCAUGUAAAAUGAGAAUAAAAUUUUUGUACGAACCAUUUUGAACCUAACAUUUCCACUCUGAGCAACGACGCUUUUAUACAUUAUAAUUUGAUCUUGUUA